AUGGAUAUCAAAACCUUACUAGACAAUCUUCAUGAAGAGGUCUCCUGUUCUGUGUGUAUGAACACAUUCACUGAUCCGAAAACGCUGCCGUGUUUACAUGUCUUUUGCCUGCAUUGUUUGAACGAGAUUCUUCGAACGAGUGGCCGCCACAAUAUCAUCACAUGCCCUGAAUGUCGGAAAGAGAUUCAUGUUCCUAGAAGUGGAAAUCUUGAGGAUCUUCCAACUAACUUUCGCAUCAACAGUCUCCUUGACGUGUUGGCCAUCAAAGAGUGCAGUGUUAUUGGAGUUAAGUGUGGGAAUUGCGAAGAGAGCAGCUCCCAAAGCUUUUACUGCUUCCAAUGUUGUGCAUUCUGGUGCGAGGCUAACUGCAUCAUUCAUCACAAUGGAAUAAAAGCGAAUAAGGAACACCGUGUAUUAGCGCUCAAAGACUUUAAAGACCAAGAUUUUGAGAAUGUUUUGAAGCGACCGGUAUUUUAUCGCAGCCGUGGCCACGAGGGUAAGGAAUUGGAGUUUUUCUGCAAAGAUUGCCGUGUUGCAAUUUGCCAUUCGUGUGUUGCCACCACUCAUGACGGUCACGCCAAGAUGCUUUUGGAGGAAGCUGCAAAUGAAAGAAAAUUACAAGCGAAGUCUGCGAUCGAAAAUCAGAGGAAAACAGCAUUGGAGAAAAGACGUGAAAUUGCUCGACUUGACUCGGACUGCGCCAAAAUUCAAGAACAUGUCGCCAGUGUAAAGAAAAGCGUGCAACAGUUUGUAGACAACAUGAUGGCUGUUAUCGAGGCACAAAAGCAAGAAACCUUUGAUGACUUAGACAACAGAGCUGCAGAGUCCAUGCAUCGGCUGAGGAUACGAAGAGGUAAGAUUGAAAAGCAAGUGAAAAUAACUGAAACAGGCAUCGAAGCUACUGAGGCAAUUCUGCAACGGAACAUUAGUGCUGAAAUCAUACAAUCAAACAAAAUUCGAGAAGUAACAUUCCAGGGUCAAGUUGAGUCAGCCUAUCCUCCCAUUGGCAAUCAAAGCAUUGCAGAUUUUGGAUUUGUGAGAAAUCAACGAUUGUUUGAUCAUGCAUGGACUGACAGAAUUGGCUUUGUGAAAGUACUUCCUACUAGUCCAACUGAGUCGAGCGCCUCCGGAAAAGGAAUCAGUAAGCCGACCAUUGGACUAGAAGCUAACAUAAUGUUGACAACAAGAAAUGCUAAAGGAGAACAAUGUUAUGAAGAACGUGACUAUGUAACAGUGGAGAUCAAAAAUCAGGAUGGCUAUGACUGUGCAACGGAGACUCGAGUCCUGGAUAACAAAGAUGGUAGCUACAAGAUCAGCUAUUUUGCAAAAGACACCGGAAAAUGCCGUGUGUCUGUGAAGGUCAAUGGAGAGCACAUUCGUAACAGUCCCUUUGCUACUAAAGUAAAACCUAGACAGUUCAGACCCGUAUUAUCCUUCGGAAAAUAUGGUUCGGUCAUGGAAGAUUUUAGAUGUCCCUGGGGAGUAGCAGUGAACGAACGCGAUGAAAUUUUAGUCGCUGACAAUGAUAACAACAGGGUCCAGGUAUUUAGUAGUGAUGGAACUUACUUAAGAUCAUUUGGGUCCAAGGGGGAUAAAGAGGGAGAGUUUCACUCGCCUAUAGGGGUUGCAAUCGGUAAUGAAAACGGAAUCAUCUUCAUAGCAGAUUCAGCUAAUCAUCGAAUUCAACUUUUCAGUGGGCGAGGGGAGUUUCUGAGCAAGUUUGGUGGAGAGGGAAAUCUUGAUCACCAACUCAGCUAUCCUUACGGGUUAUCCAUCGGUAGUGACGGAAAUUGUAUCGUGGCUGAUAGCGGAAAUAAGAAAAUUAAGUUAUUUUCCCGUAACGGCCAGUUUCUCCGUAGUAUAGGCUCUGAAGGUUCCUUUUCUACACCCAUUCACUGUAUCCUGUAUAAGGAAUAUCUUAUAGCGUCAGACUUUGCGGAACAGUGUAUCAAAGUUUUUGACAAAGCUGGACAUUUUCUGUACAAAUUUGGAAAGUGUGGAACAGGGGAUGGAGAGUUCAAUGGACCUUACCAUUUGUCAAUUAACAAAGCUGAGCACCUGAUGGUCUGUGAUGCAAACAAUCACAGAAUUCAGGUGUUUGAGGUGAAUGGAAAGUUUCUAGGAAAAUUUGGCUCAGAAGGAAAAAAGAUAGGACAAUUUACUGGACCAUCUUCUUUAGCAGUCCUCAGUGAUGGUAGGAUAGUUGUUACUGACUUUCACAAUCAUCGGGUUCAGAUAUUUGAGUAGCCGCAUGUUAUGAAGUGUUAUAAUAGUGGCAUCACUAAUCUUUCGAUUCUUUAAAUAUUUUACUGACUUCAUGUGAAAGCUCCUUGUCACAUUUGUAGGUUGACACUUGAAUUUUUAACAAUGUUUUACAACGUGCGCUCCAAUUGUAGCUAAGAAGAUUACACGCACAAACGAUUUUCAAUGGACAUGGCUCUGUAUCCACACAGUUGAGUAUUAAUAUCAUAAUGGUUUGUUGACUGCAUUAGUUUUUUUUCUUAAAAAGAAGAAUUCAGUUUGAUAAUUUGUAAAAGGAUGUUUACAAGACUCGAUUUGGUGAUUCAUUAUGUACUCUUUGAGAUUGAUUUUUGAACUCCAAGGUAAAAGGUAGUGGUUAGGGAAUGGAUUUUUUCUGAUUUUGUUGCUGUGUUAGUCGUUUUUGGCAACAGGCUUUUGACAUUUAAUCGAGGGUAGCACGGAAUUGUUUCUCUACUUAGGAGAGUUUGAGUCAACAAGUAAUAAUUCUAUUAUUUAAAAUUUUCAGUAGCGUGAAUGGAAAAGAAAACAGAAAAACUGAAAAAGUCAGGUAGUGAAUCAAAAUCAAUCAAUAUUGAAAACUUUCUAGCUGCACGUAGGCAUCUUAUGCAGUACUACUGGAUUUGUUUGUAUUUGUAUAAAACUCUUUAAGUUUGGGAUAUUUUACCUUUACAAACUCAAAACUUCUUUCCAUUAUACUAAGACUGUAAAUUGCCUAUACCUAGGUAUUAGACCUUGUUUUAAAUAAUUGGUGCUUAGUUAGAUCUCAAUUUCUUUACAAUACUAAGAUAAGAUUAGUGUAAUAUUAGUUUAUUAAGAGCACUUCCUGUUAUUAUUCUAACAUAUUUUGUAUCUAUUACUUUUGUGCUUUUUUAAUUUUUUAAUAUUGCUUAAUCACCGGCUAAAGUCUAAAAGGAACUUUUUAUGUACACAGUCCUUUCACCUAAAUGACCAAUUGUCGUUUCUCAGACCUAAUUUUAAUCAUAAUGAGAUGAUCAAGUUCGCUCAUGUGAAACAUAUGUAGCUCUUUUGAAGAUUCAAAUUUAGCUGUUAGCACUGUAACAUUUAUAAUGUUGUUACCAAUAAAUUUGGCCUCUUUAAUUGCUUCGCCUGUUUCAUCGAAUCACGGAAGGGGGUCUGAACAAUCCUCAGAAAACGAAGUUUAAUGGAUUAAAAAUUUGGGUCAGAGAUCUUGUGUUGCUACAUUGAUUGGAUUACCGUAUGUCAUUUCCCAAGUCUGAGUGCAAAAGUAAACAUUUGGUAACGCUCAAGAAACGUUCGACAUCAGCGCCUUUCAUUUCCUGUAUCACCGAGUUGAUGAGCCAUCGGCCAAAACUGGAAUAUUUAAAUUUAAGACUUAAAGCUAAGUUUAACCAACUACGGUUCGAAGCCCAAGUGAGUAUCCAAUAUAUAUAGACAUAUCAGGAUUUUCCCCGCGUCAGCGUUAGAUAAUAUAUAGAGUUAAAAAUCGAUAUGGUUGUAUUUUGAUGGUAAAGCAUGUCGUCAUUCGUGCUUUUUCCCGAGCGGCCAAUACUAUACAGGUCACAUUCUGAGCGGAAAAUCCUAUAAAGCUGAAAGGUUGGUCACUCUUUCGUCACUUUUCUACGACAUGAAUGGUGAUUUAGUCACCUGCACUGUAACAGGUCAAAAACAUGUCUUCCGUUGUUUCAGCAAAUAUUCUAAUAAUAUUCUAGUUCAUGCCUGCAAGGACAUUAGCUAUUGCACGCAAUCAUGAUAAAGUUAGAUGAUCUGUAAGUUCAGAAUCAUUUCAUGUAAAAACUGGACGGCCUAAAUUUAGCUUAUAUACUCGAUUGACUUGUGGACUGAAAGUCAAAAUGAUGACAUUUUAAAAUUGCAUUUUACGAAAUCAAAAGGCUUCGAUUACAAAUGACUCGAAAGUAGGUUCAAGCCCCAUCAAAGAUUAAAUUGUUUUUUCAGGCUGAUAUUGCAGUAACUUCAUCCGUUUUCUCUUCAAAGCAAGCAAAUCAUGGGAAAUUGUUCUCCUACAAGAAAGCACAUCCCGUUGAUUGGAACUCUUCUCGUUUCUUUUAAUAUUAGCGGUAUUCAACACGAAAUUUUCAAAUAGUAGUGGUGCUUGUCUUUAAGAGCAGCAUAUCCUAUGUUUUAUUAAUAAGAGAAUCUUUCAAAGGAGAUGUCUGAUUAUGUUUAUUUGUUUGAGACAUCUAUGGAAAAUGAACGAUGUCUUUACUUCUUUUCGUUUUGAAACAUCCAUAAUGUUAGAAAUUGUAUGGAUUUUCUCAACUGGUCAUGGAACACUUCUCUUUUUAGCAGAGAUUGCAAAACUCUGUUGGGUGAAGUUUUACAAUCACAGUAAGCCUGCAGCAGUGGCUGCUUCUGUGGUAUUAGUACCUGUAUGCAUUGUGUUGCCAUGGUUUGCUGUGUAUUUUUACCGAUCUCUUGUCCAACACAAGUAUGAAAGAUCAUUUCAGGGAAUUAAAGAACUUCAACAGAUCGCAAACCAACUGUACACAGAUACAGGGACAGCAUCAAGCACGCCAGUAGACAGUCCAUGACCUUAUCACAGGGUUUGAUGUCGUUUGUAUGGCACAAACCCAGUGUGUUAUGCUUUUUAUUGGCAUGCUCCUUGUUCUUACUGCACCUCUCAGAAUCUAACUUGCAAUCCUGCCUUUUUAUUGCUUCUCCGUUCCUUGUAAAUUGUUAAGAGAACUUUUUUUUCCUAAGAUUAUACCCUCUAGCUUAUACGUUGUGUUUUCUUGUAAUCUUUUUUCUGGAUAAUCUAUGGAAACUGUCAAGGGAUGAGAUAUAAUAAUCGCGUUUUCUCUAUUCCCUAUUUUCGAAAUGGUGGACAAUCGGAACAGUGAAUUGCUCAUUGUAAAAUAGGAAAACUGACAUCUGUACUGGAUAGAGGCUCAGCGUAAAGCAAGCAUCAGUCCACGUUUAUUUAUACCAUCACAUAAAUACCGCAAAGACAACAACAAGAAAAAAUUACAAUGUUGACAACAAACUCUGGAGUACAGUUUUAUGAUCACUGGUGUAAUUUACAGAUGUGUGCCUGCUGCUGGUCAGGAAAAACCCCUUUUCAUCUGAGGAGGAAACCUGAACCCUCCCGAAUGCAGAGCCAGACACUGAACAUGAGCCUCGAGGGAGAGAGGUUAAACUAUAGUAUAAAAAUACAAACUGUAAAUUUGUUACGUACCACCUACAAUCAAAUUUAAAUACACGCAAAGAAAAUUGGUGUAAAUUAAAAGAAAUGUAUUGUAGAAGAAAGCACCAAUGCCAGCAGCGAUGUCAGCUUAGAGUGAUUUGCCUUAGUUAAAUCCCGCCAUUUUAUUCCCAUGUCUACAUGACAACUGUCAAAAAGUUAUAACCUUGAAGACAAUAAUUUGCUGCUCUUGUUAGAACCGCAGCAAAUAACACUUUUAGAGGGAUAAGUUACAAAUUGAUGUAAAACAAUAGAAACUCCCAGAAGUGAUUAACUUAUAUUAACUUUACCUAAUAAUAUCUACACAUUAUCCAACAAACAGGUAAUAAGAAUACUCAAACUUAUCAGGAAGAAGUUGUUAUCUUGAUCUAACAUCAAAAACCUACAAAAAGUUACAAGUAAAUGUAUAUCAGGUAGAGGGGAGAAUUAGCAAUCAGAUCUUGGGAGUUAAAUGGUUAAACCACCACCAUUAUUAUCAGAGUGUCGUCAUCAUUGUUGGUUAUAAUAAGUCCAUUGCGAUCUUAUUUGCUCUGACUUUUCUGUGGGGUACUUUUUACUUUACCCCGAAAGGUAACUACACGUAACAUCUGAUCUCUCCUUACAAUGUCACCCCUGAAUCAAACUUUAAGGUCAUGAGAAUAAAGGAAAUGAUCAUCAACUGAAGAAGUUCUUUCUUUCUCAUUACUGUUAAACAAAUUCUCCUCGUCAGCACCUUAGGAAACAUGUAAAGAACAGUUUGGAGAAUAUGCAUCCUGAUGUUUAAGGGUGUGAAGAGUUGCUCAGUAAGUUUAGGUCCAAAGUUUUGUUUUUGUAAUUUGUUUAUGAUAAACCCUUCCUAGUCACUAGACACCUUUGACAUCGCUGAUCUUGACAGUACACAGGAGAUUUCUUUGCAUGUCAAAAUAGGCUUUCCAGGUGAUUUUGCCGACAAAAAGUAAGAUUCUAGACUACUUAGCAUUUGACUGUGACAGUGCAGGCAUCACCCUGCUGAGGGAGAAUGGAGGAAUACUCCAUUGGAAAGGUAACAACAAGGUUGCAACUUUAGUAAAAAGUUACGGAAAGUGCUCAUAUGCACUGUUUCAUAAUUCAGUACGUACAUAUUUUCGCAAUCGCUUUUGGUUAAACGGAUUAUAGGUAACCGUGUGAUUACGUAGUAAAGAUGGGUAUUUUGCGUUCAUUUCAUCUUGCCUUUAUUCUGAUCAAUUUCACAACCUGAACAUAUCCAUCAGACCUCGUGAAGUGAUCUUCCAAUGAAACAACUGAAACAAAAAAUGUAUUACAUGGGUUAUUAUCACGGGUUGUUAUCACAGGUUCCAUCGAUUGUAAACUCCAUGAAGUGUUUACUUAAUACCUUUCAUCACUGCUCAUUGAUCGCAACUUAUUACCUUCUUUCAGUUUACACUCUCUUACCUCCUUGUAACAUCAUCGGACCGUUUACGGGCCACAAUCGGCUGAUUACCUGGCGCAGUGCCUUAAAAGAUGUCUAGAUACGAAAGUAUGGCGAACCGCACACGAUUAGUAAUUUAAGGAGACAGUCAUCAAUGUUUUUUUUCCUGUGUAGGAAAUACUGAUCCUGUCAGUAAGGCCCAAAGAAGUCAGCAGUACGUCAAAACAUGCCCAAUAACGCUACCUCAUUGGUCAGAUUUUAUGAGUGAUUUUAAGAUUCUCUUCCGCUUGAGGUGGCUUGAAGCGGUUUCGCUUUUAACUUUUCUCUCUGCCGUAAUUUUUCCCUAUCUCCGAAUCUUGCCAUGGAUAUCAAAACCUUACUAGACAAUCUUCAUCAAGAGGUCUCCUGUUCUGUGUGUAUGAACACAUUCACUGAUCCGAAAACGCUGCCGUGUUUACAUGUCUUUUGCCUGCAUUGUUUGAGCGGGAUUCUUAGAACAAGUGACCGCCACGAUAUCAUCGCAUGCCCUGAAUGUCGAAAAGAGAUUCAUGUUCCUAGAAGUGGAAAUCUUGAGGAUCUUCCAACCAACUUUCGCAUCAACAGUCUCCUUGACGUGUUGGCCAUCAAAGAGUGCAAUGCUACUGAAGUCAGGUGUGGAAAUUGCGAAGAGAGCAGCUCCCAAAGCUUUUACUGCUUUCAAUGUUGUGCUUUCUGGUGCGAGGCUAACUGCAUCAGUUUUCACAAUGGAAUAAAAGCGAAUAAGGAACACCGUGCAUUAGCGCUCAAAGACUUUAAAGACCAAGAUUAUGAGAAUGUUUUGAAGCGACCGGUAUUUUGUCGCAGCCGCGGCCACGAGGGUAAGGAAUUGGAGUUUUUCUGCAAAGAUUGCUGUGUUGCAAUUUGCCAUUCGUGUGUUGCCACUACUCAUGACGGUCACGCCAAGAUGCUUUUGAAAGAAGCUGCAGAUGAUCGAAAAUUACUUGCGAAGUCUGCGAUCAAGAAACAGAAGAAAACAGCAUUGAAGAAAAGGCGAGAAAUUGCUCGACUUAACUCGGACUGCGCCAAAAUUCAAGAACAUGUCGCCAGUGUAAAGAAAAGCGUGCAACAGUUUGUUGACAGUAUGAUGGCGGUUAUCGAGGCACAAAAGCAAGAAACUUUUGAUGACUUAGACAACAGAGCUGCAGAGUCCAUACAUCGCCUGAAGAUACAAAGAAGUGAGAUUGAAAAGCAAGUGAAAAUAACUGAAACAGGCAUCGAAGCUACUGAGGCAAUUCUGCAACGGAAUAUUAGCGCUGAAAUCAUACAAUCAAACAAAAUUCGAGAAGUAACAUUUCAGGGUCAAGUUGAGUCAGCCUAUCAUCGCAUUGGCAAUCAAAGCAUUGCAGAUUUUGGAUUUGUAAGAAAUCAAAGAUUGUUUGAUCAUGUAUGGAAUGACAGAAUUGGCUUUGUGAAAGAUCUUCCUACUAGUCCAACUAAGUCGAGCGCCUCCGGAAAAGGAAUCAGUAAGCCGACCGUUGGACUAGAGGCAAACAUAAUGUUGACAACAAGAAAUGCUAAAGGAGAACAAUGUUAUGAAGAACGUGACUAUGUAACAGUGGAGAUCAAAAAUCAGGAAGGCCAUGACUGUGCAACGGAGACACGAGUCCUGGAUAACAAAGAUGGUAGCUACAAGAUCGGCUAUUUUGCGAAAGAAACCGGAAAAUACGGUGUGUGUGUGAAGGUCAAUGGAGAGCACAUUCGUAACAGUCCCUUUGCUGCUGAAGUAAAACCCAGACAGUACAGGCCCGUGUUAUCCUUCGGAAAACAUGGUGCGGCCAAGGAAGAUUUUACACAUCCCUGGGGAGUAGCAGUGAACAAACGGGAUGAAAUUGUAAUCACUGACAGUUGUAACAACAGGGUCCAGGUAUUCAGUAGUGAUGGAACUUACUUGAGAUCAUUUGGGUCUAAGGGGGAUAAAGAGGGAGAGUUUCACUGGCCUAUAGGGGUUGCAAUCGGUAAUGAAAACGGAAUCAUCUUCAUAGCAGAUUCAGCUAAUCAUCGAAUUCAACUUUUUAGUGGGCAGGGGGAGUUUCUGAGAAAGUUUGGUGUAGAGGGAAAUCUUGAUCACCAACUCAGCUAUCCUUACGGGUUAUCCUUCGGUAGUGACGGAAAUUAUAUUGUGGCUGAUAGAGGAAAUAAGAAAAUUAAGUUAUUUUCCCGUAACGGCCAGUUUCUCCGUAGUAUAGGCUCUGAGGGUUCUUUUUCUAGACCCACUGACUGUAUCCAGUAUAAGGAAUAUCUUAUAGCGUCAGACAUUGCGGAACACUGUAUCAAAGUUUUUGACAAAGCUGGACAUUUUCUGUACAAAUUUGGAAAGUAUGGAACAGGGGACGGAGAGUUCAAUGAACCUUAUCAUUUGUCAAUUAACAAAGCUGAGCACCUGAUGGUCUGUGAUACAAACAAUCACAGAAUUCAGGUGUUUGAGGUGAAUGGAAAGUUUGUUGGAAAAUUUGGCUCAGUAGGAAAAAAGAUAGGACAAUUUAAUGCACCAUGUUCUUUAGCAGUCCUCAGUGAUGGUAGGAUAGUUGUUACUGACUUUCACAAUCAUCGGGUUCAGAUAUUUGAGUAG